AUGGUCAAGCACCAGAAAGGAUGGGAUAUCAGUAAAGCAGCUGGACACUGUGUGGUUGUUAAAGCCUUUUCAGGCGCCCGUACAAGUGACAUGGUUCAUUACAGCAAACCAAGUAUUCUUCAAGCACCUGAUCAAAUGCUUCUACACUGUGGUCCGAACGAUUUACGCAAUUCUGAACCAGAAGCAGUUGCAAACAGGAUUGUUGACCUCGCGCAACAAAUUAAGUCAAGCACAGAAGCAAAUGUGGUUAUUUCAGAAUUGGUAUGUAGAAGAGACCCAGUUUUAAACAAGAAAGAUGUACUAAUGUUUUUUUAG